AAUGACGUCACGGGUCAAAGUUGAAAUUGUUACAAACAGGAAGAGCAUGGAGUCCGAGAAGAGAAGAACCGGCUCUCGAGCGCCCAGAAAGGGUGGAAAACACGUCAAAGUACAAAGCGCAGAAGAAGAAGAAGCCAGAAGGAGAGAUGUGGUCAGAGAGAAGCUUCGAGAGAGACUGGAACUGGAGAAAAGAGCCCUGCAGGUUGUGGAGCGUCUUCUUGAGGACAGUGUGGCCGAGGACUUCUUGCUUGACUGUGCCAAGUUGAUCACGGCUGCGAAUUACAAAGAUGCAGUGGAGGAAAGAUCCAUCACCAAACUAUGUGGUUAUCCUGUAUGUCCAAAUAAACUGGGAAAGAUCCCAAAACAACGAUACACCAUUUCUACAAAGCCCAAUAAGGUGUAUGACAUCACAGAGCGCAAGUGUUUUUGCAGUAACUUUUGUUAUAAAGCCUCCAAAGAAUUUGAGGUCCAGAUAUCGACAACGCCACUUUGGCUCAGGCAGCAUGAGAGUCCUCCAGAAAUAAAGCUGAUGAAGAAAGGGGAUAUUGGGAGUUCUGGUCAGGAGGUGCUGCUGACACAGAGGCGCCUCCAGGAGGACGACGUGGACCAUGCGGUGAAUAGUCAAUGUGAGGACCCUCGCGAGCAUUGCCACAGCGACGGCAGCGAUGGCGAGCUGGAGCAGGACUUCAUUUCCAGUGUGGUCUCCCAGCAGCAGAGACCCAGGGUGCACUGGGGUGACUUGAAGUCGAAUGAAGAAAAGAAAGAAGGACGAGGGAAAGCUGUGAGGUUAAAGAAAUUGAACAGAGAGGAAGAUGGAGAAGCGCAAAGGCAUCAUGGGUCUUUUGCUCACGGAGCCGUGCUUGGAAGUGAAGAAGCUAAACAGCAACUACUAGAAGAAAUCCGUGUGGAGGAGGUGACGGAAAGCUUGAAUUCAUGCAUUGUGCACACUGAAGCGGCCACACAGACGCACCAUGCAAGUCCUCCUGCUUCUAUUCCUGCCUCAACAUUGCCUGUAAUGGCGGAGAUGAAAACAGACCUCAUUGCUUCACCCGACCACCCAAGCCUCAACAUCAUCCAAGUGGGGAUGACCAAGCGAGGGGCGCAAGGGCUAAGAGAUCUCCUGAAGAACCACCCCCCCCACGUGACAGCCAAACGCACUGGCCUGAAUCUCCUUGAAUCCCUAAGAGCGACGUUGAAGGAAUGGCUGACGGAUGAAACCCUGAAGCUCUUGCGCUGUGCUGACCACCAGCUUGACUCCCCCCCUACCGACAUGAAGGAAGAAGCAGUGGAGGAACUGGAUGAAGAUGACAUUGAGGAGGAAGUGACGGCGGAUGGUCAAGGAGGGUUUGUCGCAGAGGAGCAGAAGAGACCUACCAUGCCGGCUCCAGAUUUUGAGACGCUGAAGAAGGAAACCCAGCAGCUGGGCCUUAAAGUCAAAGAGUUUUAUGAUGGCACAUGUGGUCUUCCCGGGAAGGCAGAGGAGCCGAAUGGAAAUGAGGUGGAUCAGGGCCCGAGUGACACCCCGUUUCUGCCGCUCGUUGACUCCAAAGCUCAGCAUCUCAUCCAAAAGCGAAUCACGGUGGAGAAGCUUGCCAUGUGUCUCGGAAACAUUGCGGGCCCUCUUGGUCUCACCUUGAGUGACAUCACCAGUGACCUAAACAACCUUGUCAGGACGUUCAGGUUCACCAACACCAACAUCAUCCACAAAACUCCCGAGUGGACCCUCAUCGCUGUUGUGAUUCUCCAUCUGUUGGCCAGCGUGUCUCCGGUAAUUGGAGACGCCUUGGAGACGCCGUCAUCAGUGGAGUAUUUCAACACGCUGAUGGAGGAGCUGGGCCUUCAGCACCAAGACCUCGUCAACCUACUCGACAUGUUUAAAACCCCCGUGCAGUAACCAUGGACAAUAUUUUGAUUUCA